UCGUUUCGCGAUUGAAAAUGGCCGCGUCAAGUGCAAGUGUUGGUGUUGUUAUUUUGGUGUUUAUUUUGCUGUAUUCGAACGCCGCGGGAACAACCGACACAGGGCCGAAAGAGGUUCAUCAUCAAAUAAAUAUGAACGCGCGCAUACUUCAGUGCUACUGCGAAGGACAUUGCCCCGGAAACCUACAGAAUGGAACUUGCGAGACCCGGCCCGGUGGGUCGUGCUUUGCCACCGUCGAAGAAGUCACGGACGAGGAAACCGGCCUGACCGUCCCGGAGUGGAGCCACGGCUGUAUGCCACCGGAGCAGAAUGGCGGCCUGUUGCAGUGCAAAGUCGGCGUCCAGUCCCCGCAGAUCCACGGCAAAUCGAUCGUCUGCUGCGACAGUGAAGAUUACUGCAACAAAGACCUGCUGCCGGAGUACGUUCCGAAGACCACCACCCCGCCACCGAUGGCGAACGUCAACGAUCCCAGUGUCCACACCGUGGCCCUGAUUGCAUCCGUCAUCAUCUGUCUGGUGGCGUUCGUCGUGGUAACGAUCGCCGCUUACGUCAUGUUUAAAAAGCGCGAAAAGAGGAAACCCCACUGCCUUAUUGAUUCGGUUUGCAAUCCCAACCUGUCACCGUUGGCCGAUUUGGUGGAGCAGAGCAGUGGAUCCGGAUCGGGACUGCCUCUGCUGGUACAGCGAACAAUUGCCAAGCAAAUCCAGAUGGUUCACUCCGUUGGCAAGGGACGCUACGGUGAGGUUUGGCUAGCCAAGUGGCGUGACGAGCGUGUUGCCGUGAAGAUUUUCCAUACGACUGAAGAAGCUUCCUGGUUCCGGGAGACGGAGAUCUAUCAGACGGUGCUGAUGAGGCAUGAGAAUAUCCUUGGAUUUAUCGCGGCCGAUAUCAAGGGAACCGGAACGUGGACACAGAUGUUGCUCAUUACAGAUUAUCAUGAGCUGGGAAGCUUGUACGACUAUCUGCAGAAGCGAGUACUAAAUCCACACAUGCUGAAAACACUUGCACUUUCGCUCGCUUCCGGGCUGGCUCACCUGCAUACGGAAAUCUUUGGCACACCGGGAAAACCUGCGAUCGCUCAUCGGGAUAUAAAGAGCAAGAACAUCCUCGUCAAACGCAACGGUCAAUGCGCGAUAGCUGACUUCGGUCUUGCGGUGAAGUAUUCCAGCGAGUCGGACGAGAUUGAAAUUGCUAAGAACACCCGCGUCGGAACGCGUCGCUACAUGGCACCGGAAGCACUGAACGAAACACUGGAUACAACGGUCUUCGAGAGUUUCAAACAAGCCGACAUGUACUCUUUGGGUUUGGUCUUCUGGGAAAUGGCUCGCCGUUGCAUCAGUACUAUUCGUGGUACGAAGAACACGACCUGCGAGGACUAUGCCUUGCCCUACCAAGACGUGGUCCCGUCGGAUCCCAGCUUUGAAGACAUGUACGCCGUGGUGUGCGUCAAGGGCGUACGGCCACCGAUUCCACUGCGAUGGCAAGACGAGGAAAUACUCGUAGUAUUAUCCAAGAUGAUGCAGGAAUGCUGGCAUCCGAAUCCGGCCGUCCGGUUGACGGCCCUGCGGGUGAAAAAGACCCUCGUCAAGCUGGAGACAGACUGUUCGAUUAAGAUAGUGUAAAGCUUGGGUAUGGGUAUGGGUAUGGAGCGAGCGAGCGAAUGAGCGUGUGUGUGAGUCGUGAAUCGCGAACCGGAUGUAGAUGAGAAUAGUACGUUUUUAUUUAUUCUACAAUAUUGUUUUACUUUCCGAAUAUGUCUUCUUUGAAUAUAGACUGUAGCCUUAAGUUUUACAACGUGUAGUAGCACUAGUUUGUAAGCAAGCAUCCUUGUCGUGAAAAAUUGUUGGAAUAUUAGUGGGAGCGAAAAAAUCGAGUUGCCAUAAUGUGGAUUUAAAUCAUUUCAAGAAAGGAAAAAAAAUCGAAAAAAGUUUAAAAUAGCGAAUUUCUGUAGAAAACUAAAACUUACUUCUCGAUUUUGAGAAGCUUCGACACCUGUAAAUAGAAAUCUCUUUUUUUACCUAGAAUCGAACAUCGAGCAUUCGGUCAACAACAAGAAAAAACCUGCCUAUCCCUUUCUUACUCUUCUAUUGUUACUAGCUUUAACUUUUUGUGAAGUGAAAAUGCCAUAUAGUUGUAAAGUAUAAAGAUUUCACCAAAAUGUACGAUUGAAACGCGAUAAAACGUUAACAAAAAAAACUUUAGCUCAGUGACUUUUAGCAUCAUGUUGCCUUCUGAAGUAUAGAAGUCGAAGUGCCCACAGAGAUUAAUAGCAUGCCUUAUUUUUACAUAACAAAAAACGAAAAAUAAACAGGAUGGAGGCCUUACAGUUUUACAUUUUCCGGUAGAAUUCUUUACAUGCUUUUUCAACACGCAAAUCAACAAUAGCAAAUUUAGGUACGCCCUUAUUUUUCUUAAGGGAUCACACUAUUACUACUAAAAGAAUGCUUCUGGUUUAGUUUCUCAAAGUAGGAAACUUCCAUGAAAGUAAUUAACAAAGCAAAGCCUUACGUAUUGUACAGAUUUUUAUUUUCUAAAUAAAUGAUACUUGAAUAGUUUUUUACGUAGCUAUACUAUUUUGUUUUAGAUUUCUUACUUUACUGCAACGCGCAUAGUAGCGAUGAUGGACAACGUUCGAUUUUAGCGGGAAACGUUAAUGUCUUCUGUAAAUAAACGAGGCCGUAUAAAGUAGAUUAAAGCAAAUAAUCGACGGAAAAAGUGUUUCUUACAAUAAUUACUCUGUAAAGGUUAGUCACCGGCAUAAGAUAUGUGGAUGAUUAUUUUUCGAUGCUAGUGUUUUAUAGAUGAAUGUUUUUGUCGUGCGAUUAUGAGAAGCGAUGUGUUAUUGUACUGGAGUAUAGAAGAACAAUAUGUUAAUAACAAUAAAAAUGAUAUAAAAAUUUAAA